AUGGAUCCUAGAGACGUCCCAAAUCACAGUCCCGCACAUACACAUAGCUUUUUCGACGGCAAUCCAGGUGAGCGUUGAGUUUAACAUCGUUUUGUUUAAACGUUUUUUUUCCCUGCCGGUACUUCGCCGUCUUAAAACAAUUGUCGGUGAGAUUUCGUUUUCGUUUGUUUAAGAUCCUACUUCGAAGAUAACCUCCCUUGUAGUCAACCUAAUUGUUGGUUAAGUUUCCAUAGUUCAGCCGCGAUGCAAGCUGGUCGUUAACUGUUUUAAGCUUUUGUUUUCAGGCCAUGCUAACACAGUACUUCGCUCACCUCCAUUGUCCCACGAUCCCACUUAUGGAAUGCAUCCUAGUGCAUUUCCUAUGAUGGGCAGAAGACCAGGAUUACCAGACUUCAGAGGCCCUUUAGACCCCAUUCUCGGUUCUCAGAGCAGCUUGACGUCCCCUGGAGGAUUGCAUGGGUCACUCAGUAGCACUGGGGGUACCGGCUGGUGGUUGCCUCCCCAUCCACGUGCGCAUGGAAUCACACCAGAGUACUUCACCAGUCAUCUUGGAGGAAGUUGGCUUUCUCAUGAGCACGACUGUGCAAUGGCCAAUCAUGAGAGACUAGAGGAAUGUCUGUAUCAAUCUUCCAGGUCAAGGAACUCUCUAAUGAAUGGGGUGAAUUCCUCUGGAGUGUUUGGAAGUGGAUCAGGAAUUUUUUAUCCUCCUCCAUCAAGUCCACAAUCUAUGCACAGUUUUGUACAUCAGGCAAGUCCUACUACAAGCACAUCAAAAAGUGGAUUAUCUCAUUGGAGUAGCCAUGGCAACCAUGAUGGUAAGGGUUUUCUUGACUUGGGCGAAAGUCGUGAUCUAGAUAUGAUUCCACGUUUGAACAGGAAAUCGAGCAAUUGCAGUGAAGAAGGAAAUAAUAGAGACAGUGAUGUACGACCUGGUGAUACAACAUUACUUCACAAAGAAAGAACAAAGGAUACAAAAGUUGAACGGACAAAAACCAGCAACAGCUUUUCUGAAAAUUCAGAUGCAAGAUCUGAAAAUUUGAUGCAGUCAAAUUCAAGCAGUGAAAGCAACAGCUCAUGCAGUCAAAGACAAUUGGAUCUCCCUCGACAUAGUGAUGUUAGCAACAUUCCAACUCAGCAAAGUAACUUGCCAUUAAAAAGUAAUGAUGCUAAAUCAGUUCCAAGAGUUGUUGAUGAAAAUCACAAAUCUCCUAGUGCUACAUCAGUCACUGAACCUAGCAAAGGUAUGCCAACUCCUCCAAAGCAGCAGAAGGUUAAAUCAGGUCCUCCCCCACGCUUGCAAGUACCACAAUCAAUUUUAAACAAAACAGAAGGGAUUGUUCCUACAAACCCGGAACCACAAGUUAAAGCCGGAAAAGACAUUCAAGCCCUACUCAGAGAGGAAAUGUUGAAGCCAAGCAAAAAGGGAAGUACAACCUCGGCAAAUGCUAAACCCAAGCAAUCCAAAGCAGAAGUAGCACAGAAUAUAGCCCCGAGUGAUCAUGCAGAAAAAAAGUUGAAAGCUGCAUCUUCUGAGCACAAAAUACAGAGUGUGUUAAAAGGUGCAUCUGGUACUCAGAAGUCUUCAUCUGUUACUCCCCCUAAGCAACCAAAGAUUCCAUCAGGUAAACCUCCUUUAAUUGCGCAGUUCCGUGACGUGAAGUUUGAGAAGGAUAGCAGUGAUGAUGAUAGUGACAGUAGCAAUGUUAGUAGCGGCAGUGAUAGUGGGAGUGGUAGUGAAGACGACAGUGAUGAAGGUGAGGAUGGUGAGAAUGAGGAAGAUAGCAGUGGCAGUGACACUGACACUGACGGCAGUGAUGAGGAAGAGGAAGGGGGUGAACAACAUGAUGACGAUGAAGAUGAGGAAGAUGACGAUGAUGUUGCUAUGGAUACCCAGGAAAGUGGGGCAUCUUUUGAAGAUUCCUCUUCACACAAAAGGAAAGCAGAUCAGAGCAGUUCAGGUAUAGUUUUCUUUAUUUCUUUUUUUCCCUUUUUUUUUUCUAUUUUUUCCUUUUGUAUUGUAAGAUAAAUUAUUAUUUUAAGAAUGUGUUUAGACCUUAGUUAUGAGAGUCGAGAAAGUAUGUGUGAAAUUCUUAGUGACUUAUGAUGCAACAACUAACUCUCCUUGUGGCCCAGGGGAAUAUAAGAUAAUAUGAGAGGAGAAUCUUGAAGUCUAUCAGAAGUCACAUAAAGACAUUUUUUUAUGCCCCCUUAAAAUAUGGCAGGGAAAGUGCUGAUAUAUUGAAUCGAGAAACAUAAUUCUUAUUUUAAGUCAGAUUGGUUUUUUACACAUCCCAUUUUUGAAUCAUAGUUUAUCAAGUAUCUGUUUUUCUUUGAUUGGCCAUUUAAAUGUAAAAUGGCCAGAAAAUAUGAUUACGUAAACAAGAUAAAAACUAUUCCAAGGACAUUCCUCCUUCCUGAUUGAAUCUUUAACAUUUUCAAUGUGUUAGAAAUUUAGUGAAUUACUGUCUUAAGUUUGCUUAUUUUAAUAUUAUGACAAACAGAAUUACUUUAUGAGAAUAACAACAACAACAAAGACCGUUAACUAAUUUUAACUAAAGGCAGACUUUACACAUACUUAACAUAGAUAUUUGAGACUCUGGCAGUAAUAAUAACUAUAACGUGCUUGUGAAUGUUUUUUUUUUAAAUUUUUUAACAUUUAAUAUUGUUAAUUUAAGGGUAUGCAGUUUAUUACAAAGUGUUAUUAUGUCCUUCAAAAGCUGUUCAAUAUUAUUGUAUGAAUUUCAAGUAAAUGGAAUACAAGAAUACUUCAAGGAGACCAAUAUUGAGAUAAUAAUUCUAAAUGUGAUUGCAAUUUAAAUCUCUGUAUCAACAUGUUGGACAGAGUGAAAAAAAGAAAGAUUUUUGAAUGAUCCUUACCUGAAUGAUAGAGUUGUCUUGCUUCUAAAUUUAUUAUACACUGGUAUGACUUAUGUUGUAACUGUGAUAUUGAUUAUGUGAAGGUUUCUUUUUCCUGAUUCCUUGAUUUAUAUACUUUCUUACUACAGUCAUCCAGUUUUUAACCCUUUCACUCCCUAGAUCUAAAUAGCAAUUCUCCUUACUGUCUGCCUUACAUCUCAUGAAAUGUUUGUUUCAAGAAUUUGGUGUUGAAUCAAAUGAUUAUCUGCUUGUUGAUGUUUUUCUCUAUUCUCAUCACUUGUUUGCUUUCUAUUGUAUGGAUAUUGUGAGGAGAAAUUAUGUCUUGGUCACUCGUGGUAGUGGAAGGGUUAAUGGGUGUCUUGAUAAUUUUUUUUUCCACUUAUUAAGCUUUUUUUAACAGAGUUGGUUGAUAUGAUACUUGCAGGCACUCCAAGAAAGAGGCGUCGAGCAGUUAGUGAAGAAGACGCCAAGAUUCCUCUGGCCAAGGGGUAAAAAUGGGCUGAUUUUAUUUUUGUCAUCAAUUUAUUUUGCUAUUUGAAUUAAAUUAACGUUAAGAAAACUUCAUUUGCAUUAAUGAUAGAUUGUAAUGGAGAGGAAGUAAAUGUUUUUUUGAAAAUAUUUUGAAUUGGAUUUGAAUUUCUAGAUGGAGACGGCAGACCCGCUUGCGACAAGUGGGAACAGCUGGUGGAUUAAGAGGGGAUGUUUAUUAUUUUGCUCCUUGUGGCAAGAAACUCCGCACAUAUCCCGAAGUUACACGGGUGAGUGGUAGCUUACCGAGUCUUGCAUUACUAUUACUUUUGACACUCAACAGAACAUUACGUCAACCUGGCAGUUGUGUUUGGUUUAGGUAUAAUGUUAAUUCAUGUUCUCUACCUAUUUUGCCAAAAGUAUUCAUCUCAUUAAUAUGAGAAAACGUGUUGUUUUUUUUUCCAGUACCUUAACAAGAAUAGUAUCACUGAUGUUACCACAGACAACUUCAGCUUUAGCACUAAACUUCAUAUUGGAGAGUUCUUGGAAUGCAAAGAGGUAUGGUGUUGCUAGUCAUGAAACAUGAUUCAUUUGUAAUAAUGGGUUUGUAAAAUCAUUUUGCUACUGGAGUCUUGCAGCCAAUUGAUUCAUGGAAAAAGUCUGCUAGGAUGAGUACUUGUUCAUUCUGUUUUGCCUGAAUUUCUCUCGUCUAUUUACCAGGGGUCUGUGUUUGAGCCUCUGACAGAAGAGGAAGUAAAACAAAGAAAGCAGGCAGAAGAUGAAAAGAACAGAGUUAGGAUGGAAAAACUCCACAAGAAACAAGAGAAGAAACAAAAACAAGCAGGUAGGGAUUUUUUUUUUUUUAACCUGAAGCAAGAGGUGUGGAUGGCAUUGUAUUUUGAUAGUGUCACUCACAUGGAGUACAGUCAAACCUUUCUUAUCUGGACCUCAAUCAUGCUACUUUUCCCUGGUCCCAGUUUUUUCAUGUUGUUGGUUUGAUUUAAUUACACUUGUUGCAAAUACUUUUGGGAAUCAUUAAUGCUAAUAUCACUCACACAUUCCCUUCAGGGAAUUUGGAGAAGUUUUACACAAUGAUUUGAGGAUAUGCUUUAAUUCAUGCAUGUUAUUUAUUAAAUGACUUGUUUUCUCUUUUAAGUUAUUCAGUUUCAUUUUUUGCACAUUGAUAUUCUUAUCUUUGAGUAUUCGAACUCUCAAUUAUCUGGACUAUUCAGUGCAGUCCCCACCAGUCUGGAUAAUCAAGGUUUGACUGUGCUUAUAAGUAAUUGUGAAAGGGAAAACUUCAAAGUUUGGGAGCAGUAUUAGAAUAUUUAAGGACAAAUGUUGUCAUAAAAUAAUUCUUAUCAUCAUUAUUAUUAUUAUUUUUAUUAUUAUUUAAAAGUAAUCAUAUUACACAUUAAAGCAUAAUGUUAUGAUUAAAGAAAUUUAAAAAAAAAAAAAAUGAUUAUUUAAUUAUUAUUUUCAACAUAUUAUGAUUGGUAUCACUGUGAAAUGAUAAAGUUGUAACAUUAAACUGACUGAGUAGAAAAUUAAGUUGUCUUGGAUUUUCACACAUGGUUUACCUUUUAACUCCAAAGGUUUGAUGGCUAAUUCUCUCCUCUAGCUACAUCACAUUUUCUUAUAAACAAGUUAUGAGAAUUUGGUGUUGGAUAAAGAUAACUUUUACCUGACAAGUAAAGUAACGUUGUGUCUUGUAUGCUGGAUCAUGUGUGGAUAUAAUAGGGAGAAAUUACAUUUCAAUCCCUUCCAGGAGUUUAAGGGUUAAAACAAGUUAUGAACAAGUGACUCAGAUCACUCCAAAUUUUUUUGUUGCAAAAUUGAAAAAAAAACUAAGUUUUGGUGAAGAUAUGCACCUCAAAAUUACAAAAUAAUUCCAUGUGAUAAGGUAAUAAUUUUUUUGUGGCUGUUACCAAACCUUCUAUGACUGCUUCUAGAAAGAAAAGACAAAGGCUGACCCCUAGUUAAGGGGUUUGAGUUUUACUCUAAAUUUGAUUCAGUGAAAGUGAUUUCAAUCUUUCAAUUUUCGAUCUGAUUUUGAUCAGAGAUGUUGCAGAAGGCAGCUGAAGCUAAACUUGUAAGAAAGGCUCAACGGCAAGCUGCUAUGGAUGCCGCUAAGCUGGCCAAGAGAGAAAGAGGUUAUUUAAGACUAAUGUUGUUAAUCUCAUUGAUAGGACUGUCUGUAACACAGGUUAGGGUGUAAUGGGGCAAACGGCUGGACUCUAAUUUACAGAAAAAUUUGACGAGACUGAAUUGAUAAUUUACAAUGAAAGAAUUUGGGGAAAACUAUGAUCCACCUCAACCUGUGUGAAGCAGUUCUAUUUGAAUUUACUGUAAUCAUGUUAAUAAUGAAUUUUGAGAAAAAAAAAUUGUCUUUUGAAACUGAAAUUUGGGGCUGUUUUGUACUGAAUUCAAUCUGUCUUGAACAUGUGAUCUUGCUGCCUUUGUUGAUUAACACUUGUACUUUUAACCAAGCUUUUAGGCUCAUCUAAAUCAUGUCAAUAUUUAAAAAACCGACCAAAAUUUAAAAAAAUUCUUAUAAACAUGUUUACAGUAAAUUGUACUUUAGCAUGUAAGCAGCAUAUGCCAUCAGCAGUGUAAUGCGAUGGCAUUUGUAUACUGAUCUAAAUCCCUCAAGUGUGUCUUGUAAAACAGAUCUAGAACUAAACUGAUUCAGCAGUUAGUCAGAACCUGUUUGUAAGACACACUUGUCCUGUUAAUGUUGUAUUUUCCUUUUGGCCAUGUUUGACCAUUUCAUUUCAGAAAUGGCCCAAAAAGCAGCUGCCGUUAAACGGCUUGAAAAAAGUCAACGUCAAGCUGCUCAGGAAGCAGUUAAGAUGGCCAAAAGAGAGAGAGGUUUUUAUCCAAUUCACAUCUUUAUCAUUUGGUGGCAUUGCACUGCCUCUGCGAACUUAAACUGAUGUUAUGAAUGCUGUAGUUACAGGGGUUUCAUGAAAUUUUUUCCAUUAGCAGCAGCUGAUGGUGUAAUAGGACACCACCAACUUACCACUGGAUUUAGGUGGUCGUUGGUCAUCACUUUUGACAGUUAAAGUUAAAUUGCUGAACAUCAAGGUUCAGGUUCUACACAGCAGUUGUGUUUUCGUCCCAGGUCAAGUGUGUGUCAUGAUGGCAAAAAGACUGCUAGUGAUGUUGUUCUCCUUACAUGGGAUAGCUUUAUUUUGAACUUAUUAGAAGUGUAAUUAUCUGGUGAUAUCAGAGAAGCAAAUGAUUAUGAAUUGAAACUUCAUUCUUGUGCCUGAAAUGUUUUCAUUUAUUUCCUUGUAGCUGAAGCAAGAAUUAGGAAUAAGGCAAUGAAACGAGAAGCCCUGCUGGCAGCGCGAGAGGCUAAAAAGGAAAGGGGUUAGUAUAGAGAAUACCUCUGAUCUCUGGUGUUAACCAUUUACACCCCAACAUUGGUAUUCAUAUACUCCACACUGUUCACUUUACGUUUCUUAUGGCAUUGAUAAGGAGAAUUUUUUUUUUGACAAUCGAGAGCUUCCAAAAUUGAUGAUUAUUUCUAUUAUUCCCAAUAACGGUUACAUUUGAUUCAAGGGAGAGACUGUCAGGAGAAAUUAGAAGCUAGUCACUCUGAUGGGUUGAAAGCAAGAAGAUUUCAAUUUUCCUAUUUAUUGUUUGUAGUGAGGAUGCUGGCUGAACAGAAGCGACUUGCCAAAGAGAGAGCAAGAGAGCAGAGACAGCAGGUGAGUGUGAAUUAUUUCUUCAGGUCUUAUCUUUGGGAUCAUUCCCUCCUGCACCCUAUCAUGGUUAAAGUUGUUGGCAUCAGUCCAUCUUUGGAUUGGUGGUGUAGCACUGGAUUGUUCAGUUGAGUCUCUGAAACACUCUCCCUUAACCCUUGACACCCUAACAUUAGUAUGCAUAUUCUCCAUACUGUUCUUUAUACAUUUCCUUUGGUGCUGACAAGGAGAAUUCUUUUAACAAUUCUAGUUUUGUAGUUUGGCAAUCAUUCACUAAUUCUCCUAAUUUUAAUAAAUCAAUCAGCACUAUUAUUGUAAGGAGAAAUUAGAUGCUGGUCACUCGGAGGGUUUUAAGGGAUUAACUGGCUGUAGAGGUGCAACCUUGAAUGGUAGUCUCUUGCACAGAUGUGAAGUUGAAAGAAUACUGUGCUCAGGAAGACUCUGCAUGAGCCUUCCUACUGUCUUUGUUGUUCGGGAUUUGGUCAUUCCUGGCCAGGGUGUGGCCCUUCAAAUAGUCCUCCUGCAGGUGGCCUUGGCAAGUGCUCUUACAACAACAUUUUCACAUGUUGUUUCAGGCUCGGCGAAAGAAGAAGGAAGAUGCUGCUAAUGCUAAGUAUGAGGAUGCCAUGAAGAAAGCAAAGGUAAAUGAAACUUGCUUGGCUUUGAGAAGUAGUAGUAUUGGUGGAGAAUUACCUCAUCUUUAUCGCCAAACAUUGCGUUACUAUAUUCUGCUGUGCACUGUCAGGAUUUCCAGGGAAGUUUAGCAUCUUGCUGGAAACUUCAAGAUAUCUCAAUUGUGAAAAGGUUGUGGUUAUUCCUGCUGGUGAAGUGAGUGAAACAGCAUUGUGAAAAGGUUGUGGUUAUUCCUGCUGGUGAAGUGAGUGAAACAGCAGGCUGGAGCUUAUCUGGGUUUCCUUAGCAUGAAGCAACAAGAGUUAUCACUACCCCUCCCCCUUCCUGAAUGAAGGAAGAUUGCAAGUUUACCCCCAGCAUCUCAUCAGGAUUCCUUUACAAUUUGCCAGUACCCAUUUAUACUGCUGGGUGGAGAGAGACUCUGAGAGUAAAACUUGUUUUGUUCAAGGACUUGUCACAUUGACCUUGACCCAUUGACCUUGACCCAUUGACCUUGACCCAUUGACCUUGACCCAUUGACCUUGACCCAUUGACCUUGAACCUAGACCUCUUGACCCAGAGUCCAGCACACUAAACUUAAGGCCACUGGGUCUUUCACAAGAAAAACAUUGGUAAUGAAGGAUUAUUUUUUGUCUCACAAUGUGGCUACUUUUGAUGUGCUUCAUGUUGUUUGACUGCAUUUGGCUUGUCUCCAUCAGGCGGGAGAUGGAGAUCACUGGUUUGACCAGACAAAUGAUAGGUAAUGAUUUCUAAUUUUUCUGUUUUUCCCAGGAAAGGGAACUUAAACGUCAACAAGCAGUUCUUCUCAAGCAACAGGAAAAGGAACAGAAAAAGCAGCAACAAAUGAUGAUCAGAGCUAUUGAAUCCCAAAGGAAACAAGAGGUGUGCCUAGAUUAACAUAAUGUAAACAAAAAUAUGAACCAAUAACUGAUAUUGAUCCCUAAGACAUGAAUAACGGGCCAACAUGUGGUGCUCAGACACACAUGGAACUGCUGUCAGGCAGACCUUCAGAUAGGCAAUGCAAGCAUACAUGUACUGAUGGAGAGACAGACAGACAGACAGUCAGACAGACAAAAAGGGAGAGGGGGCUGCAGUUGUGCAUAGAAACAGAGAUGGACAGAUUAACCAAGAGACAGACAGAACUACAGAGGGACAGGUUUGCACCCAGCCAGAAUGAUCAACAGACAGACAGACAGAAAGAUAUGAAAACAAAGAGGGACCAGCAAUCUAGCAUAGAUAGACAGAUGAACAGACAAGCAGAUGCUCAGACAGACAGAUCAGCAGAAAGACAAAUGGGCAGGCAGACAGACAAAAAGAAAAAGGGACAGUCAGUCCAGCAUACAUAGUCACACAGUUGGACAGUUAAACAAAGGGACAGGCAGAAGUACAGAAGGGAAAGUCAUCAUGUAGACAGCCUGACCAACAGAUAGACAGACAGACAGACAGACAGACAGACAGACAGACAAACAUCACUGCUGAUUGACAUGUGAUCACUUACCAAACUCAACUCUUUAAAUGAACUGUAAAAUUGUUUAUAGUUAUAAUUAAAUACCUCUCUUUCUGGUUUGAUUUCAGGAACGUGAGAGACUUAAGGAAGAAAAGAAGAUGGAAAAGAAGUUACUGAGAGAGAAGAAGCUUGUAAGAUUUAGUAACUUUGUGUGAUAGGUUUACUUUUGAAAAUACAGAUUAAGACAAAUGUGUGGGAUUUGUUCAGCUGUGAUGUCUCUAAUGUGUGAAAAGAUUGUGUAGAACAAUCAUAUUGAUUUUGUGAGUUGGAACAAAAAUGCAUGUGAUUUUUUUUUUUUUUUUUUUUUUUUACACAGGAACAAAAGAGAAGAGAAAUGAUCUUAGCUCGCGAACUGAAGAAGCCAGUAGAAGACAUGGUGCUGAAGGACAGUAAGGUAACCAGACAUACACUGCUCUAUAUUGAAAUAAUUUGAAACAAUUUUCUCAAGCAUUCGGAUUUUCUACCAGCUGUGCUACAGAAACCUUUUUGGUGGGUUACACCAUAUACUAAAUUCAGAUAUAACAAGAAUCCUUGGUUCUGCCCUGAUAAACAUUGUUGAAAGCAUUGAGAUUUAGAAAGAAAACCUUGCAAAUUUUGAGCUUGGUUUUUGAACAAAAGCAAUUGAUGGUAAAGAACAUUUUGAGCAAGAAUGGAUGAAAGCUUAAUAGCUUGAAAUAUAGACACCUUAUUUUAUGGUUUAACAUGUGAUGUGGGUAGACAUUUUGCAAGUCCUUAGAAGUAAUGAAAAAAGUGAGCAGUGAGCAAAAUGUCUGCUUCAAUUUUUGUGUAUUUUGUUUAAAUAUAUCCUAAGGCCAAGAAACACAUGUGUGGAUCAUUCAGUGUGGCCAUUUUGUUGUUCCACUUUUCGUCUGUAUUUUUGUUAUGUUCUACUUUGUAAUAGACUUCUAUGUUGAAAUACUCUCCUUCUCCUGCAGGCUUUGCCAGAGUUGAUGCGAGUGUUAGGUCUCCAGAUACCUGGUGGGGCAUUUGCUGACUUACUGAUGGUGCAAGAGUUUGUACACAACUUUUGUGAUGCUUUAGAAUUAGGUAAGAAAUUCUCUAGUGCUAAAAAUUGGCCAAAACCUUGUAAUCUCUGUACACUGUUGAUGUAACUUAGUAGCUUGAAUACAGAGUUCACUUGAACAGUUUUCACUUUGCUCAGAUUCUACAGAUAUCCCCUCUCUUUGGGAGAUGCAAUCUUCCUUGUUAAAUGAUAGCAGUGAGGAUGUUCUAGUACCACUUUGUCAGAGUCUUCUCAUUUCUGCUCUGGAGGAUCCAGGUUGUGAGGGCCCAGAUGUGAGUUUUGACUGAUUGUUUUUAUUUUUGUCUGAGCACUAAUUGAGAUGUAUGCUCCAGAAACAAAAUCAUUUUCUGUCCUCGUUAAACUUAUUUUUGUUAUCUGUCAACAGUCUUUCACUGUGUUAGGAGUUGCAUUGUCCAAAGUGGAGCUGAAUGAGACGAAUUUCUCUGAAGUGUUGAGACUUUUUAUACUGGCAAGAAAUGCGGGAGACCCACAUCCAGUAAGAAACAGUGUUAAUAAUUUUGAGUAUGAUGUACCUGCUAGUGCAUACACAUUAGUGUCAAAAUCUUCUGAAAGCUUUGGACAUUUUUAGUAGUCGUAAUCGGACUGUCUUUGAUAAUGUUCGAAAGUUGUCACUUUUUUGUUAAAUUUGGGCAAACAUGGGUAUGAAAAUCAGAAUUAUUGACUUGGGUAAAGUUGAUCAAUGCAGAAAACAGUUAAAACAUGGGAGUAAAAGUUUAUUGUGAAACUGCAUGGGUGAGGGUUUUCCUGAAAACAAGUUUUGGCAACUAUGUCAAACUUGAGUCUGAUUUUGAAUUCAGCACAGGGUGUUGGAAAGCUGCAAAACUCUGGAACAAAAAUGUAUCUUUCACAUCGGCACUAUUAAUUCCCAGGGCAUCAACGAACACUCUUCACUGAACAAAUUAAUUGUAGCGUUUUUCACGUUGCCUUGUUCACGCCAGAAAGGUAUCUCCAUCUCUCAGUAUAUAACCAACACAAAACCCCAAAUUCCUCUAUUUGCUCUUACAAAGAGCUAACGGUCGGAUCGUCGGCGUUAGGAACUCUCUACGAUGGCCAUUUUUACAUUAUCAACUUACUCCCCUAAUUAUUUUGCGAUUUGGUUUGUUUUCAGCUUGCAGAUGCUCUUGUUAGUACUCCUUUUCAAGCGCUGACCACGUCAGACAAGGCUGGAGUUAUGGCGUAUCUUUGCAAUGAGCUACUAUGUAGCAGAAAUAUCUGCAAGUACGAUUAUUAAUCUGCUACAGUUACACUACUUUAGCCUGUGACCAGGUCCUCAUUAUGGGGCCUUAAGCGAUGCGAGUCGACGAGAGGUCUGGAUGCUACUGAUUAUUAGUGCUAGACCCUCGGCAAACCUCUUCACGACUCGUGUCCAAUCUUUUCGCGAGCGUCCUGCGGCCCUAUUUUGAGGGCCUGCUCGUAGGCUAAAGUCGCUUGGUUGCUGGUCUCUGCUGAUUCCUCUAAUCCUCAAAUAGUCGAUAAAGGUUGAUCUUGAUGAACUGUUUUUUUUUCCUAGGGAAAUUGAAAGUAGCAUUGAGCACAUGUCGAACCUACGACGUGACAAGUGGGUUAUAGAAGGCAAAAUAAGAAAGUGAGUUCAUCGUUUGUAAUUUGUAAUCUGUUUUUGUUACAUUACUAGAGAGUUAAUUAUAUUUUUCUUCGUGUUUAGGUUGAAGGCGAUUCAAGCAGAGAAGUAUCCUGUUGUGAAGGUGAAGAAGCCGCCAGGACGUCCCAGAGUUGUGGCGGACCCUGAUGCCGAGAACAGCAACUCUGUAGCGGACGACAGUAUGCAGGGGAAUGAGGAUGAAGAAGAGGAAGAAGAAGAAGAAGAGGAAGAGGACGAGGAAGAUGAUGAUGACGACGAUGGAGAGGGGGGUGGUGAUGGGGCGCAGUCCAGUGAGGAGUCUGAAGAAGAAGAUGUGAGUUGGCGCAUAUUGGCGCAAUUUGGUUUUGGACUCGAGAAUUUUAUUGCGUUGAUUAGAGCAAAGCCCGAAUCAGCUAUAACGCGAUAGAAAUCUCAGCGAAUAAUCUAAUUGUUUUGGUAGGAAUCUUAAUAUUUUUUUGAAGUAGUGGACAUGAGUAAGCGUUUGUUGUUAAUAGUAUAGUGCACUUCAAUAAUAGCUGGGUGAAUGUCUGAUAUAGAGAAAUUUUCUAUUUCUCGGUAGGAUGCCACUGAACCCACGACUCAAGAGGAACUUGAAAGAAGGCUUAAAAAGCUUGAAAAGGUGAUUUCUUGCACUGUGUAAUAAAGAUAAUCAUGAUGACGCUGGUGUGAAACUGCCACUGAAUUUCCUUAACAUAACAGCACUUUUCAAUGGCGUCGAAAGUAAUCCAAGACUGCAUUGGUUUUAUUUUCGCUCUGUAAUUGGUCCAGAAAACUCGCGCCACUCUCUCAAUCAAUCAGAUGCAAAACUUAAACCAAUCACGGCUUAAUGGCCCGCGUUUUCCCGCGUCUUAGGCUGAUUAGUUGUGUUUAAUUUGAGUUCCCAUUGGCUCUCAAAGGUAUUUUUCUAUCGUCCAUCAUAAUUAGUUUUUGUCUUUUUCCAAUCGAGUAUCUUACUCUGUAAUGAUGAAAUUUAUUGCUCUUCUUAUUAACUCACAGAAACAUGCACAAUUCCGUUCCAAAUUGUUUGGUUCAUCACAUGCCCUGAGAGCUCUCUGCCUGGGUCAGGAUCGGUAUAAAAGACGCUACUGGAUCCUUCCUCAUGGAGGAGGUGUUUUUGUUGAAGGAAUGGACACUGCAGAAAAAGAAAUAGUACUUGAUUUAAAGUCCGAGGGCGAAGAACCAAAUGAGAGUAUGCAAGUUGAUGGAAUAAAACAAGAACCUAAAUUGGAGCAGGGGAAAGAAGGUGUAGUUGGAAAUCAUACCGGUGGAGAAGCAAGCCUGAAAUCCCCCACAAACACUUCACUCAAAUCUCCUCUCAAAUCGUUGAACGUGUCUUCAUCUUUAGAGAAUAUUUCCAAAGCAGACACUAAUACUGGGAACGGUGCUCCAUCAGGCGACGAUAAAGGAGGCGUGAAUAACAUUAAUGGAAAUGCGCAAGGUCAAACAGCGCAGCCGAAGCUUAACAACACGUACAUUCCGAUGGCGGCGAGUAGGAAUGCUAUGGAAAUUCAACGCAUUGAAAACCUCUUUAGAGAUGAAGCGUCAACUUCAAAACCUGAUCCAUCACACCAGAAACUUUUAAACGUAACACAGGGACAUGACGGAAAAAGUAGACCUUGGUUUAAACUGCUACCGCGCAUGCCCUGCGAUGAGACUUCGCUGACUCUCUCUCAUAGUCCCGGCAGUGGGCACUUUGUACCAACCUACAGCAAGAGAGGUGGAGAUGCAGAGAAUGGGAGCACCCCUCCGCCCAAACGUCCUCCGGGUCGACCACCAAGGAUUUCCAAUCCGAGUUACGACAGCGCUAAUCGGGUAGCAAGCCCUCAGAGUAGCGCCUUACUACAAAACGUCGCUAAACAAACGACAACGAUUCAGUUCCUUCCUCAACUACCUGUAAAGAGGCCCCCCGGAAGGCCCCCGAAAUCGUCCUACCAGACUGUGAAUUUGGUGUAUUUUGAUGGGCAUCCCGGGGGAGACUUGCCAACAUCAACUCUGGCGCUCAGUACUCAGUCAGCGUCAACCAUGUCGCUGUCAUUUGAAGAGUUGAAGAAGAACGUUUUGGAGUCUCUUAUGCAGGAACCUGCUCCUAUCCCCCCUGGUUAGUCUUAAACCUUUACCUCUCAAGAUCUGAUUUUUAACUCUCCCCUCCAGCUGCUAUAUAUUUCCUUGUAAAUUAGUUACGAGAAUUUAGUGUCAGAUCAAGAUAACGUCUACCUGAUAAGUUUGAGUAUUCUCGUUACCUGUCUUCUGGAUAAUGUAUGGAUGUUGUAGGGAGAAGCUACAUGUUAAUCACUUCCGGAAGUUAAGGGUUAAUGUCGGCCUUACCUUGUCACAAGAAAGUUUCUAGUGAUUGAAAAUCUUAAGAUCUUUGAACUUCUUAUCUAGCUGUGUUUCCUCAAGAACGAGCAUUACUGUUUAAAACUUUAUUUUUUGGGUGGAAAUGUCUCGAAACUAAAUUGAUCAACUUUAAUGAAAAAGUCGCCGUCUCGAGUCUUGUUGAGAGCUAUUGUUACACUGAAGGACGUCUAGGCAAGAAGAUCUUUUCCUUCUGGGAGUUAAGCCUUUUAAUCCCAAAUUGUAUGUACAUGUAUCAGUUCUUCUAACUGUUUGCCAUACAUCAAUGUUCUCAGAGUUACAACAUGGUUGGUGGAGGAUAACAGACCCUGCCCAAGUGAAGGAGAUUGUAAAAAUUCUACACUCGAGGUAAAGAAACAAUUUCUUUAUACUUCACGUUUCUGACUUGUCUUUUUAUCUGCAACGGAAAAGCUACGAACUUGAAUUACCCGUCCACCACGAGUGAAAAGUAAAAUCCUUUCUCGUUCAGCACCGAAUGUUUGUAAACUAGCUUUUUUUUGUUUGGUUGUUUGUAUAGUCAAUGCCUGGUUUUGAUUUGCCUUGCAGAGGAAUAAGAGAAAAGAUUCUCCAGAAGAAUUUCCAGAAGUAUUCAGAGUAUGCCAACAGCUCAUGCACAAAGGGCGACCGAGGUGAGUGACGUCACUUUAAAAACAAGAACUGAAAGUAAUAGCAGUCAAAGCGCGGGAAAACGCGGGCGACCAAGUCGUUAUUUGUGUCAGUUUUUCAUCUGAUUGGUUGAGAGAGUGGUGUGAGUUUUCUGAACCAAUCACUGAACAAAGGAAAGGAAAACCAAUGCAAUCCAACGCAUUGGACAUUUGAUUGAACAUUGCUCUAACCGUGGAAUUAUCACUGGUAUAAUUAACAGUUAUUCCAUGAGCGAGCGUUGGAUUUGAGAUGGUAAAUAGCCAACGAAGUUUGUAGCGCCGAAUUGGUUAAAACCAGUCUCGUAUCCAACAAGCGCGAAUGAAAUAAUGGUUGUAUUAAUUUUGAUUUAAGCUUAAACGUUUGGAUAUUUAGAGCCUUUUUUCAGCUCCGUAGCAGUUGGCGCAAUGCAUUUCCAUACAAGUUGACUCGGAAUAUUAACUGAUAACCGGGGUUGAGUAAACCAAUCAGCACACUAGAAAUGCUUUUAUUGCUUUUUAAUCUAAUCCUGUUUUCCAUUUUUUUGUGAUAACGAAAGUUGAGAGCGAUUCUGAUGAUGAUGAUGAGAAGCAACAAACAUUGACCACAUCUGAGAAAAACAAAAACGUUCCCUUCGAGGAUAAAACGUUUCCAGAGGUAGCGUUUGCCGUCGACAAAGCAAUUCUGAGAGAAGUUGAGGAGAUGGAAGAAAAAGUGUUCACUGCAAGUUUGCAAGUCAAGGUAAAGAAUCGUUUACAGUUCUUCUAAUGUAUCCAAUCUGGGGCCUCUCUCUUUCUAGCUAUUUGAUUUUCUUUAUGGCUAAUGCCUCUCCAAGAGGUGUUGCUGGGCUGGCCGCUGAAACAUUUCUGGAGAAAAUUUUGUUAUAUCGACUGACGGACGUUUGGAGAAGCACCCUACAGAUUUUCGACUGAUCAGUCUUGCAUGUCCUUGUUGUUUCGUAGGGUUGGAGGUUGCCUACCAAAGCAUCGAAGGGACUGAGUCAUAACUCAAGUUCUGGUAAGCAUGGAUUCCGCAGUUUUAAGACUUUGUGAAGCUCAAGAACUUAACCGAGUACAAUUUAGAGUAUUUUAACGAACUUAAAGUAAACAAGCACAGUGUGCAAAGCGCGGGAAAACGCGGGUGACCAAAUCGUCAUCGGUAGAUUUAAAUCUGAUUGGUUGACAAAGUGCUGCGAGUUUUGUGAACCAAUCACAGCGAAGUAAAGCAAUUCAAGCGGUCCAGGAUUUCUUUCGACACUCAAGUGGAAAUUUCUUAACCCUUAAACUCCCAUGAGUGACCAAGACAGAAUUUCUCCUUACACUAUCAAUACAAUAUCAAGCAGACAAGUGACAAGAAAAAAGAAAACCAUCAAAUAGGGGAUAACUAGUUGAUCCAAAACCAAAUUCUCCAAACUAACAUCAAAAGAAAAACUGUGUGGUAGACAGUAAGGAGACUUACUAAUGAGAUCUCUGGAGUUAAAGGGGUAAAUGCUUUAAUGUUUCAAAAGGUUUGUGUAUAUAAUAUCUAUGUUGCUUUCCAGAAUCGAAUUCGGACUGUGAAGAAAACCAAAGUCCUUUAGCUAUUGCCAUAACAAGACUCCUUGCAUUAGAACAGGCCGUAGAGAGACGUUAUCUGAAGCAUCCGUUGAGGAAUGAGUAAGUUGUUCCUGCAUUUCAGUAGUCUUUUAUCUUCUCGGAAAAUUUGAUGAAUUCAAGGUUCAAAAUUCAGGUAAUGUAUUAUCGAAAAAAAAACUUGCAAUCGUCCCUCAAGGAGAAUUUUUGAAAACCUGUGAAAGCCAGUAAUUAAUCAUUUUUGUCUCAGUGUUUUCAUCUUGAUGUAGACGGUCACGCUGAAACUUUUUGACGCAGAUGAACUCCCAUCAGGAGACAAACCCGAAACAAAUCUAAUCGGUGGUAAAAACGCCAUUUUGGAGCACGAUUAUUCCCCCUAUGCUUCAGGUAAUUGACACGCAAUGUCCCCAUAACUGAAUAUGUAAACACUACGCUUCAAAUGCUUCUUUUCAGCAAACUCCACAUCCCCACAAACAUUGGAACUGCAGCUGCUCCAGGAGAAGUGCCCUCAGGUGAGGUUUUUUCUUUCCCUCUUUUUCUCAUUUCUAUGUUUAUAUAUUUAGUUUUUAUUUUAAGUUUUUUUUUGCUGUUUUAUUUUAAUGCCUCUUCACGUAAACCCUGGUAGAAAUUUUCUCAACCUUUUUUAUAUCCUUCUAACAAGAGUCUUUUGCCUUUGUAGAGGAUGGUCAGCCUAAAGAAGCUGAGAAGUCAGAGUAAGUCACCGACUGCAUUUAUAUGCUAUCAAGUUAUAUUUACAAGUCGAGAAUAAUUCGGAAAAAUCAUAACUUGCUAAAUUAUCUUCCUCACGGUGCUCUAAGCAAUUGCACAUCAAAGGACUAUGAUUGGCAAAACAUUGUGUUAUCACUUAUGUUUUAUUUUUGAAUUUGAUUGGUUGAUAAACUGGCGCAAGUUUGUGGAACCAAUCACAAAGCAAAGAAAAGCUAAAUCAAGGAUUGUUUGUUGUAGUAUUACUGAGGAGGAGAUAAUGACCCCGGCACUGAAGAUCUGGCGCAAUGCAGUGGUGACAUCACAAUCCGCCUCUCAGUUGGCCAUGUGUCUGAAUAUGUUGUAUGACUGUGUGGCUUGGGAGAAGUCCAUCAUGAAGGUGGUAAGUAAAUGGGAUGGGUUUGAUGGAGUCCAUGCGUGCUUGACAUUUGACAAAGAUGAGGAAGCCCUGGGUGUAGCCAAGGGGGGUGGGUUUGGGUGGUAUAGAAUGCAUGAUAUCACCGUCUUCGUUAAGUUAAAGUGAUAGUUUUGUUUAGUAACUGACUAAGCAGUCAUUACGCGCGCUGUGAUUGGUCAAUUCAACGGGCGGGCUGCACUCCGCCGCAUGGCUCUUGGAGAUGUGAAGCUUUUGCGGAAAUCUUCCGUUGUACAUUGCCACUGUUCUUAUUUACUGGUUCUUAAAAAAAGUCGGGUUUUACCGGGAUGGGUCUUGUUGUGUGCGAGACUCAAGUUGUACGAGUCAAUCGUGGUUGGUCUUAAAGCGUAAUUUCCGGGUGUUGACAAUAGAUCUGUACUACUUUUUUGAAUAGUUCUGUCAGAUAUGUCGCAAAGGCGACAACGAGGAAUUACUGCUGUUGUGUGACGGAUGCGACAGAGGAUACCACACCUACUGCUGCAUGGUGAGUUCGUGAUAUUAACAGCCCGUUAUACUCUAAGAGAAUUCUACCGUAAGAUCUCUGAUAUAUGAUGCCAUAUUAACUGUAAGUUGAAAUGUUAGGUUACAUAUUUUCACUUCUCACGUUGAUCCUCAGAGACUUAGUCCUUGCUCAAAUUUUCACUUUCAAUGCAAUCUGCAACCCCUACCAUGAUUGACGCAUAUCCUUUUACUGAAGUAUGAAAAUUCUAAAGUUGUCCUUUUCUUUUUUUUUUUCCAGCCUAAGCUCUCGUCGAUACCCGAAGGAGACUGGUACUGCACUGACUGUAUAGUUCUGGUAAGUAUGCCUUACUGUUCACAGUCUCUUUCCGCGCGAUGCGAACGCGAGGCGCGACUGGUUUAGCGUGAGGCUUCUUGUGUGCUCUUCGUACUCUUACCUUCCUCCGCUUCCCUCACAAUUUUCGCUUCGCAUCUCUCCGUAACAUGCGCACCCUAUCAGGAAAAAAGGUAACAAAAUAUAGAGCAUUAAACUUUCACGAGAAUGUGAACAGCACCUCCUUUAUCUCGCUGUGUUCAUUUGCGUGCCUAGGCAGCAAUGCAGGAGUUUUUUUAGGGGAGAGUGAAUCAGUGUUUUAAGCGCGUGAUCAUUCUUUGUGACGCCAUGUUUGGUUCAGAGUCAAGGGGACGGAGAGGGCAUGGUGCUUACAAAGGCAAGAUGUCCGUUUUCUUGCACUUUUUCUCCCAUUAUAGUUUUCUCUCACCAGUCUCCCACUUCUUAACAUGUCCAGGAUUGCGGCAAGACUUUCCACGAAGAACUAGGGAGCGUUUGUUGGCCUAAAAUGCGUUUGGGAAAAUGAUUGGUUAAUUUUCUACCGCAAUUUUAUGGACAGCUGUUUUACAUGAAGUUCUAACUGUCGUAUUUAAUUUCAGGCUGCUGGAAGCGACAACUGCUGUAUGUGCGGAGGGGCUACAGGAAAAAUGGCCAAGUGUGACAACUGUCCAAGAAACUUUCAUUUACAGUGCCUCGAGCCGCCGCUGAGCAAGUGAGAAUUCUGUUAUAAGCAAUCCACUCAGACAGUGACAACCAAUCAGUGGGUAGAAAUGAAACUAUAGAUUCCGACAUAUCAAAUGUUCGUUACAAAACAGUGAAAUUUCAUCUUUUUCGUUGAUCGAUGAUCUUUACGUCACUGCGGUGUCAGCAACCUGUGUAGUUCAACUGGAAUAAGUUUAUGUUUCUGACGGGUUCCUUGGCUGACUUAGGUCAUAAAUGAGAACAAAGUAAUAUAGUGUCGCUCGUAAAUUUGUAUCGGCAAAUUGUAAGCAAGGUUUUUGUUGCCGCGUCUAGUUGACGCUUGAGAUGAGCUGAUCGCUUAGGUCAAGGAAUAGUGUCUCUCCAUCCAUUCCCCCCUCCCUCCUCCCUCCCCCUCCCGCUUCUGGCCUAUACGCACAUACACACACAUUACGUGUAUUAAGUGUUACUAACCAACAAACCGUGAGAACAGCGUGCUAGGACCAUCGGAUGAGAUGGGGGGGGGGGGCAUAUCGUUUAGGGGAGGUGCUGGGGGUCCUUCAGGAACAGAAGUUUAUAGCUGGUGCCUUUUUUCCAAGAAGAUUUUCUAUGUGUUUUCAUGCUCAUGGAGUUCUUUUCAUAUAAUAGGGUUCCAAGGGCGUCGUGGACGUGUCCAAACUGCAAAAGAGUAGGUUUACAGCUUUGUGUCUUAUCUGGUUGCUGCAUAUAAAUUUUUUUAGGAUCAAGGAAACCACUCGAUAACUAACAUGUUUUUCUUUCUUUAUCGUUCUAGAAACGUAGCAAACCACGGAGGAGGCGAAAGAUUAAGGACGAUGACGAGGAGGAAGACGACAGGCGACCUCUCACCCCUCCCCUUAAGGAGGAAGUUCGCCCUCACGCCAACCGGAAGCAAGCUUCCAAAGACAUGGCGCCUUGCCGCAUGAUCCUGGCGGAAAUGGAAAAACACGAGGACGCCUGGCCUUUCUUAGUUCCGGUCAAUCCUAAACAGGUGAGAUCACACUCGCUGUUUCCUUUAAUUUUAAACUCUUGAGUGAGUUACCAGUUGUUGGCUUUCGUGCCCAUUAACACCGUGUGGGAGAGGGUGGGGUACACUAGGGUAUGCGUGGAUUAUAGAGCAAGCCUGUAAGCAAUGCAAAUUAGCUACCUCGGUAAUUUACUCACUCUCCGUCUCACUCUAGUUUCCAGAAUAUUAUAAAAUAAUCAAGAGACCAAUGGAUUUCCAUACUAUGAAAAUAAAGCUUCGUGAUUGCCAGUAAGUAUCUGUUAAAGUUAAGCAAUAACCUAUGCCUCCCUUUGAUCUCAAAGUUUUAUUUUGUCAUCAUUCAAUCUAGGGAUCUCAUGAAAUUUCGAAUUUCAAUCCCAGAAAUCAGUGUGAAUGCUUUCCCGCUCCUGGUGGAGACGCGGAUAGUUUCGAGCGGUAAAACUUAAAGCGGAUCAUUUCAGAAUUUUCAUGAGAAAUUUGGUAGCAAGAGAAUGGUGUAAAAUUAUUGAAGAAGAGUUUCGGCGUGUGAAUGAAAAAAAGGCUCAGGCCAUGGAAAUUUUAACCGGAGAACUCUCCGAUUUCUCGACAUCUCCUCAAGCCUCUGUAAGUUGGUGCAGUUCUCUGACAUAUUCUUUGUUAUGUUAUUCGUGAUAAUGAACGCAUGAUGCCCUCGCCAACAGGUACCAAGGACCUAACGAAUUUGUGGAUGACGCACGAACAGUUUUCUUGAACUGUGAAGAAUUUAACGAGGAUGAUUCAGAGGUAAGUCACGUGAAGUCUGAAUGGCGUCAUUAG